GGGACUCGACACAGCCGGGUCCCGGACUCCCACGUUCGAGAACCGCUCCCUGAUUGGCCGACGCGAGCCGCGCCCCGGAGCCUCUCAUUGGUGGAUAGCCGCGGAGGGGUGCUCUCUGAUUGGUCGAGCUCGCGGAGGGUUCGGUGGUGUCGUCGCGAGGCGCCGAAGCUCAAAGUCCAGCGUCGAAAAAGCGAAUAGUAGAGUUAAGCCGACGUAACAAAUUUAACCUUCCCGUGGCCGUAGGACAAAUUGGAGCCUUUUUUCUGAGUUAAUGUCAAUUAAAGGGCUCAAUUUCCGAGCCGAGCCUGGAUCGGGGCCCUAAUUAGAUUUCGUGCGAAAUUGGUUUUAAUUGAUGCCCCCGCGGUCGGCCGCGGAUUUUCGGGUUUCCGCGCGGGCUACGAAUCCACAAAUCCGCUGAUUGGUUCCCAAUCCAAACUAAUUCCGCUGAUUGGUUUUUUUUUUCACUGUGACCGAUUUCCACUCUGCCCAGGAUUACGACGUGUUUUAUGCUGGAUGCGGAUUUCUGCUCGGAGAGAGAGCCGAUUUGGAUAAAUUUUGAUCCUUGUGAGAGGAGCAAUGGAUCCCUGGUUGUCCUGAAUCCGCGUUCCGAGGCUGCAACUGGAGGGAGGGAGUGAAUAUCAGGGGCCGCGGCUAGAAAUGGAAGCCGGCCCUUUCGACGACGCCAUCUUCACCGACUUCCCCAACAACGGAAACGUCCUCGUCUCCAACCCCAAACUCCCACCCACUUCCGGGGACGCCAGAACCCCCAACGCAGACUCCCCUUCCAAUAUCCACUCCAUCAAGCAGGUGAUGUUGGGCCUGCAACACCACCAUUUCUACCACCACUCCUCGGAGCUCAUGUUGGGGCUGGGCUCAGGGCCGCAGGGUCAACUGGAGAAACUGCCCGAAGCGCAAGGACAAUCCCACAACGGGGCGCAGGACUUCAACUGCAUGUUCAGGCCGGGCAGUGUGGGCCAGGCGCCGACCCCAGGACUCGAGGGGGGUCUUCUCCAGGACUCGCCUGUCCCUGGGGUCCACCUCCCCCCGCCGAACCCCCACUCGCCGGGACAGCGGAAGCCCGAGGACGGGAACAUCGGCUCCCCCGCGCCUCAGCCGCCCGCUCCGACCACCACGACAGGUAACGCAGAGACCAGGCCUGCCGUAAAAAAAUCAGAAACGAAGAAAAAAAGUGAUUCCAACGGUAUAAAGAAGAAAAAAACGAGAACGACGUUCACGGCAUAUCAACUGGAGGAACUGGAGCGGGCUUUCGAGCGUGCACCAUACCCGGAUGUAUUCGCUCGUGAGGAAUUGGCUUUGAAGCUCAAUCUAAGCGAAUCGCGAGUCCAAGUUUGGUUUCAAAAUAGGAGAGCCAAGUGGCGCAAAAGGGAGCCUCCCAGGAAAACGGUUUACCUCUCGAACUCUGGUUCGCCAAGCUCAAGCAUCAGCUCAACGACUUACACGGGCGGGAUGUCCCCGUUCAACACGGGAGGGCACAACACGAGCCUCAUGAACCCGGCGCCGGCGGCCCCCUCGGACGCAUGGUCCAACCCCGGGUACAACCCCUCCUACGACCUGAACCACCUGAACCUCCUCAACCCGAACCCCCCUCCGGCCCCCUACUCGCCGCCCCUCUACUCCACGGCGCCCACCCCCGCCUCGGGCACGAACCCCUACUCCUACCCCCUCCUCGCCAACGACCACCUCUUCCUCGGACGGCAUCAGGAGUACCUCACCGGCGAGGAGUCGCCCCCCUACACUCACCAACUCAUAAUGAACCAGGGCCGCUAUCUACCCGAGGACCCCCAGGUGGAGCACGGAGGGUUCGAGCAAGAGAUGGACCCCUCGGAGCAACUGGGCGGGAUGGAGCCGGGACAGAUGACGUUCGAGCUGGAGCAGAAGGGGAACAUGGUGGAAUACGUGGAUGACGUCAACGGAGACGACAAGCUGAGCACGACCAACAUCGGCGGCUACGACGUCAACAUGAGCGGGCAGCCCGGCAACAUGCAGAUCAAGGACGAGUGUUGCAUCAAGAUCGAACAGGAUCAUUAUCACCAAACGCUCCCUCCCUUCUUGAACUGAAUUCACGCUCCUGGAAACUCAUCAGAGAAAUCUCUUCGCUUCACGGAUACCUUAGGCAAAUUUUCCGCCCUCAAUUCUUGACGAAAUCCGUAAACAGUUUACGAAAUACGUCAUCAAAACAAAUUUUCCUUCUCCGUUUGUGAUUAAAUGGGCAUGGCGAAGCCUUUCCCCCCAAAUCCCCCGUAAUUAAAUUUAAUUUAAUUUUCUUCAACUGUUUGUGGUUUCGUAAAAGUGCUCCGGACCACGUUAUCGAACCUAUAGAUCGUAUUCGAUACAUCAAACGGAUGAGAUUGUAUCGAUAUCGAUUGGUUCAAAACAUAGACAUGACCUCAAAAGUCAAUUGGGUAAUCUGACGGAACGGGUUUUUUGUGGUAGAUUGAUCUGAUUCGGAUGAGUGCUAAUUGGCCAAGAGAAGAGAAAUUGCCCCGAACUUUCUCACUCUGUCAGCUUUUCUGACAAAUAUCUGAAAAUUUUGGUUUGAGGUUAUGUUCUGUUGUUUUUAACCAAACGAUACAUCGAACCACUAUCGAAUACGAUCCAUUGACGAUUCUCGUUGAGACAGUGAAACCCAUCAAGAGUCCGGGAAACAGGCCACCAGGCUCUGAUUGGUUGAUAAAAAUACCAUCUUCGUUAACGCUCAGGACAACUGUUCACGGAUUUCGUCAACAGUUGACGGACGAAAAUUUGCUUCCUUUCGUCAUGGGGCAAUCAGCUCGACUACGUGGGUUAGCUUCCAUCGAACUAGUUUCACCGAUUUCGGAUUGACUCCUGAGUUAAAUCGACAAAAUCCCGUCUUUCCGCCUAACUAUGUAAAUUCAAUGCAUUUUUAUACUGCUUGAAGCCCAUGCUACGUAAAGAUAAUUCCUCAAGAUCAAAAUUUCUACUCUGGCGUUCUACGACUCAAAGUUUCAAAAGAAUGGACUCCUGGACAAGUUAUGAAUUAAAAGCACUACGAAACAAGUGCCCUCUUCACAAUUUUAGGAGGAAAACUAGUCAUAGAAUAGGAAUUCUGGAAAUCUACUUCUACUAAUAGUGGUGAAAUGACAUGGAUACAAAUGACAUGCCAUUUAUAUAAUCCAACUUCAAUUUGAUCUGUAUUCAAAAUAGUUUUAAAUGCCUUGUUCAGGACCUUAUCUCCAAACUUCUCAUUGUAUGAAUCGUCUUUUACGCAACAUUUUAAGGAGAAAAUAUGUGACUUUCUCUUCACAGUUUUGACUUUUUCUAGAGGUCUAUUUACUAAUUAAACGCUACGAAAUUAACAGGGUCAUUUCCAGGGUUUCAGUUAGUAAGGUCUCUUUUAUGCACGAUUUUCUCUUCUGAAUUUUGGAUUUUUACGGUAAUUGUUUUAUUAUCACUUAGAGCUGCUUUUGAUAUCCAGUUGAUGGAGAUUUUCGAUGCUCACAAACCGGUUACCUAUUUAUGUCCUUUUUUACGUUUUAUAUUUAAUCGGUGUAUGUUCCCGAUGCUCAUUCUAGACUUACUCUAAUUCUAAGCAAGACAAAGAGGCAGAUCAGAAUAAAAUUCGAUUUGAUAUUCAAA